AUGCUACACGCCUUGCGCGGGGUGUAUGAUAGGGCCCUAAGCUGUGAGGUCAGAGAUUCUUCUACAGGCUGGAACUUCAGCUGGUACAAAAUCGUUCCCUACACACAUGGUUUAACUCAAAUUAGAGACUCUGCUGGAUAUUUAAUGUAUAAUGUGGAGCUCCUGUCAGACAGCAGCAGAGGAUCUGGAGGCUCCUACACACUCAGCUCUGCUGCUCUUAAAAACACAGGAGUUUACUGGUGCAGAGCAGCGAGAGGAGAACCAGCCUAUCACACACAGUACAGCAACCCACAGCCUCUAUGGAUCACUGGUUCAUCUCCUCCAGUGUAUCUGACUGUUAUCCCCAGCAGAUCUCAACACUUUACUACUGACUCUCUCUCACUGAUCUGUGAGGGACAGAGUAACUCUACUGGAUGGAGAGUGAGACGAUACUCACUCAGUGAGAGUAAGGUGUCAGAUUGUUCAUCAGGCUGGGGAUCAGCUACAGGAUCUACAUGCAACAUCAGCUCCCUCUACACAUCCCACACUGGAGUGUACUGGUGUGAGUCUGAAUCAGCAGAAAUCCUGUUAACACCACAGUGCACUGUGAAUGGUUCUGUAAUUCUGGAGAGUCCUGUUCAUCCUGUAACUGAGGGAGAUCCUCUGACUCUACGCUGUUUACUUUGUAACACAAAGUCCUCAGAUCUCACAGCUGAAUUCUAUAAAGAUGGAUUAUUACUCCAGAAUCAGACUACAGGAGAUAAUAUAAUUUCGUCAUAUUCAGGAUCUUUAGAGUAA